AUGAAGGGUAGGAAUAAUCUCUGUAUGAUAUUCUAUGAAUGGAAUAUCGAUGGAUUAUCUGACUAUCUGAUAAUGAAUGUUGUCAAUGAGAUGAUGAUGGCCGCAGGCGCGUAUAAAUUACAACGCCAUAAAUCCGACCAUCAGAUAGCUCAAGUUUUGGUAACCGGAUUUACUGGGCAACUCAAAGAUUGGUGGGACAAAUAUCUCGAUGAAACAACCCGCCAACAGAUAUUAAACCACUAUGUCAUUAGGCCAACUACUCAAAUUAUCAAAGAAGAAGGUCCAUCAACUAGGACGGAAGUACAACAUGAAAGAGUAGAGGAUGCUGUCAACACCCUCAUAUAUACCCUCAUAGAAUUCUUCGUCGGCGACCCUCUGAAAUACCAGGAGAGAUCCGCCGAGAUACUCAUGAAUCUGAAAUGCCCUACCUUAGGUGAUUUCAGGUGGUACAAAGACAUGUACUUCAGCAAAGUUCUUAUUAGAACAGAUAGUUCGUUGGAAUUCUGGAAAGAGAAUUUCGUCAAUGGACUACCAAAACACUUUUCAAGGAGGAUCAAAGAUGGUCUUAAGACAAAAAAAGAGCUUGGUAGAUUUUGCGAUCAAUAUGGAUGCAAGGGAAUAGAAGCUCCCUCAACCUCCAGACGAAAGAAGGUUAAGACGCAUCCAAAACCUUAUCAUUCAUACAGGCCUAGAGAAACAUAUCGGAGUAAGCCCGUGCAGUCUCAGAAGCCAACAUAUUCAAGAAGGAAGUAUAUUCCUACAAAAACCCAUAGAGGAAAGAAAAAGCAAACUUGCUUCAAAUGUCGUGAAGAAGGACACUAUGCUAACAAGUGUCCAAUCAGAGGAAAGAUCAAUGAGUUGGAUAUAGAUCAAGAGCUGAAAAAUCAGCUAUUACGACUAACCCUAACCGACUCAGAGCAAUCGAGCAAGGGAGAAAUCCUCAAACUCCAAGAAGAAUCUGAUUAUAUUCUAGCACAGAAUACGAAUCAGAACAAGAAGGAAAAAGGACGUGCGAAGGAUGCAUAA